UAUUUUCUUUAGUAGCAUUUCCAACGUCGACACCGGUGGGUUACGCUUGCGUGUCGCUCAUAUAAACAAGUAACGCGAGUGACAUAGUGCGAUUGUGUGUGAACAUAUACCAAGAGUGUGUACAACUCAUUCAAGAUGGGAUGUGGAACGAGUUUUGUGAAAUAUGUGCUGUUUUUCUUCAACUUGGUGGUCGCGCUCUUCGGCCUAGCAGUGAUAGGCAUUGGAGUGGCGUUCCUACUGAACUGGACAGUCGUUAAAGACGAGCUGAAGUCACACUUGACGGUCGCACCAUGGGUCUUCAUCAUCAUCGGCGCCAUAAUGUUCGUGAUAGCAUUCUUUGGUUGCUGCGGAGCGAUACGGGAGAGCCACUGCAUGGUUGUCACGUACGCAAUCUUCUUGCUGGUGAUCAUCAUCGUACAAGUGGUGAUUGGAGUUCUCCUCCUGGUCUACGGCGAAAGCAUCAACCAGAGCAUUGUGAAGUCCGUAGAUGCGUUGUUCGAUAAGAGAGCGAGCGCUAAUGUCGAUAAGGCUACUGACACUGUGAUCAACAACAUGCAGCAGCAGUUUGCUUGCUGCGGCAAGAACGGUCCCCAAGACUACGGCCUCUCCAUCAGCCUGCCCGAUUCCUGCUGCAGCACCACUAGCACUCUUGGCAGCAUCAUCGGAGGCCGCUGCACCAUCGAGGUAGCACACCGCGGCUGUGCUGGCGUCAUCUCAGAGCUGUAUGAGAAGUGGAACAAGCCUAUCGCUGGCAUCGCUAUUGGCAUUGCCUGUGUUGAGUUGAUCGGAGCGCUGUUCUCGCUGUAUCUCGCCAAUUCCAUAAGAAAUAUGGACAGAAGGUCUCGCUACUAAUAUUUUGUACAUUAAAACUGGUAUGCCUAAAACGAAGACAUCACGAAAAAAACAUUCGAGAACAACAAAAAUCAACGACAGAUACAAAAACAUAAGUUACUUAUGUACAAGUUAAGUUAAGGUUAGCUCGGUCUAGCGCAAGUCCCACCUUUUCAAAAAUACUAUCUGGAAAAGUUUACUUUUGUCAAUAUAAAAUUAAUUGAAGAAAAGUUAAUUGAAUUCUACUUCAACGUAGGCACAUUUUUUACCCUUGACUUUAGCUGUAAGGCUACAAAUUAAGUGACUGAUAAAGAUGAAAAUGACUAAAAAACUUUUAUUGUUAACAAGAGUAAAGAUUUCCAGGUGAAGAAAUCUCAUGUAAGAUGGUACGUUGUUGUAUUUACUCUGUAUCUUCAAGUAUCAACAUAAAGUUGAUGCCUCGUCGAUGUCAAGACGCGCUGUACCUUACCAUUAUAUUUAGUUAUUCAUUUUCUUUUGUUGCACCAUUUUAAAAUAUAAAUUUUAGGUACUGUUAAGUUAGUUAAGCGACUGUUUGUAAUGUUGAUAAACAAUAGAAAUUAUUAUUAUAUUACUAUAUGAAUAAUAAAAAUAUUUUCAGAAAUUGGCGUUUAAAGUUCAAGUACGUCCAUUUUACAAAUAAUAUUAAAAGUGUUAAAAAUAUAUUUAUGCAUUUCUAUUAUUAAAAGUUACGAUGUGAUUUAUUAAACGUUUCACAUGCCUGUGUAAAUAGUAAAUAAUAUCGGGAGCAAAUGUCUGUUUAUUGUAUUUUGAAUCUCUUGUGCAUUUCUGAUAAAACUGCUUUUGUGAAUGAAUCAUAUUGUAUUGUAUGGAAUAAAUAAAUUUUCUACUUCUA